AUGAAGAGCUUCGGCGACCAUGGCCUCGAUGAGGAUGCCUUCCGGGACAAGCAGGGCCUUGCAGCGGGGCUAAGAACAUUCGAUGCGUUUCCCAAAACGAAGCCGACAUAUACAACAGCCACUCGGCGCGGUGGCCAAUGGACCGUCCUGAUAGUCAUUUUUUGCGGCGCCCUUGUAUGCUCGGAGCUUGUUACCUGGUACAGAGGCACUGAAAACCAACACUUCAGUGUUGAGAAGGGGGUCUCGCACGAGAUUCAGAUGAAUCUCGAUGCUGUAGUCCGGAUGCCUUGCGAUGCGAUACGUGUGGAUAUGCAGGAUGCGGCAGGUGACAUGAUAUUUGCAGGGCAGCUCCUACAUAAAGAACCUACUAGCUGGGACGUUUGGAAUCGAGAAUUGAACUUCGCCGGCCGGGGCGGAUCUCGACAAUACCAGACGUUAUCUGCAGAGGAUAAUGCGCGAUUAUCGGAGCAGGAAGAGGACCAACAUGUCGGCCAUGUAUUAGGGGAGGUCAGGCGCAGCCGGAAGCGACAGUUUUCUAAGGGCCCUAAGAUAAGAAGCCAUGAUACUGUGGAUUCUUGUCGCCUAUAUGGCAGUCUAGAGGGAAACAAGGUGCAGGGUAAUUUCCAUAUCACAGCUAGGGGAUUUGGCUACUUUGACAUACAAGGAGGCGUUGAACUCCACCAGCUUAAUUUCACUCACUUAAUCACAGAGCUUUCAUUUGGCCCCCACUACUCGACGUUGAUGAAUCCUCUCGACAAGACUAUGGCUUCUACGGAAGACAAUUUCUACAGAUAUCAAUACUAUAUGUCCGUCGUACCCACAAUAUAUACGCGCGCUGGCACUGUGGACCCCUAUAGUCAACGGCUCCCAGACCCUUCCACCAUAACCCCCAGUCAACGCAGAAAUACAAUAUUCACGAAUCAGUAUGCCGUCACGUCUCAGUCCCGCCUUUUACCGAAAACCAUGCAUUCGGUACCAGGCAUCUUUUUCAAGUUUGAUAUCGAACCUAUCUUGCUAGUAAUAAGCGAAGAACGCGGAAGCUUCCUCGCUUUACUCGUUAGAUUGGUUAAUGUAGUCUCAGGUGUCCUAGUUGCAGGCGGUUGGAUGUUCCAGCUUACUUCGUGGGCUGUUGAGGUAUGGGGGAAGAAGCGAAGAGGUGCAAACUUGGGGAUGUUGGGAAACCAUGAGGCUGAGGAGUAG